CCGACACCGACCUUCACAACCCAUCGAAUCCUCCACAAUGUCGGCCGGCGCAUACGACCGACACAUCACCAUCUUCGCCGACAAUGGUCGGUUGUAUCAAGUUGAGUACGCCUUCAAGGCGAUCACAGCAGCCAACAUCAUGUCUGUCGGUGUGAGAGGCAAGGACUGCGCCGUUGUCCUGUCCCAGAAGAAGGUCCCCGAUAAGCUGAUCGACCCUGCCUCCGUCUCCCACAUCUUCCAGAUCUCGCCUUCGGUCGGAUGCGUGAUUACAGGAUCCAUCGCGGAUGCCCGAGCUUUUGCUCAAAGGGCCCAGGGCGAGGCGGCAGAGUUCCGAUACAAGUACGGCUACGAGAUGCCAGCUGAUGCCCUGGCGAAGCGCUUGGCCAACAUCAGCCAGGUCUACACUCAGCGAGCAUACAUGCGGCCCUACGGCGUCGCGACGACGCUGAUCGCACUCGAUUCGGAAUAUGGUCCCCAGUUGUUCAAGUGCGACCCUGCCGGAUACUACAUCGGCUACAAGGGCACCGCGGCGGGCCCGAAGCAGCAGGAAGCGCUGAACCACCUCGAGAAGAAGCUGCGCAACAAGGAUCACGCUGAGGGUUCCUGGGAGGAUGUGGUUGAGCUGGCCAUUACGACGCUGAGCACCGUCCUUAGCAUGGAUUUCAAGAAGGGAGAGAUUGAGAUUGGUAUCGUGGGCGGCCCGCGAGCCGACGGUGAGGAGGGAACCUACCCAGGAUUCAGAACCUUGACUGAGGAGGAGAUUGACGACCGGUUACAAGCCAUUGCUGAGAAGGACUGAGCGGACAGAGAGAAUGAUGAUAUCAUAGAAGAAGCGCCGCCGACGAUGAAUGAGACGAUGGACCUGGUCUAGAAGGGCAGAAAGUUGAUUCACAGCAUGUAAUGCAACAAGCAAGUAGACACGACGUGCGUGCUGCUUCCAAGAACGUGGGCCAUGCAGGGGGAUGGAUCAUGGGGAUCAGGAACUUGGAUGCCGUCGUGGUGGUUGGCGUGGGUCCUGGUACUCCGUAGGCGUCCAAACCAUGUGCAAUAGAUUCUGACGAGGUCUUC